UUAAAGGUGGAACGGAAAAUGCGAAUAAGGAGCUAACUUCAGCGUCGUCACCAGCGGUGGUUCCAGUAGCCUUCCUCACUGUGAUGAUCGCCGCACACGGAGGCGUAAAAUGCCACGGAAUGUCAGUACGUUCAAUAGCAGGAUAUCCCCGCAAAAACAACCCGACUUUGCCGUCAGAACAACCUGGCACACGUUGGGUACGACUUAACGUCGGGGGCACCUUAUUCAGCACCACCCGACAGACACUCUGCAGGGACCCGAAAUCGUUUCUAUUCAGACUGUGCCAAGAUUAUCCAGAUCUGGAAUCGGACAAGGAUGAGACAGGGGCCUAUCUGAUUGACAGGGACCCCACCUAUUUUGGCCCUGUCUUGAAUUACUUGCGACAUGGCAAGCUGAUCAUUAAUAAAGACUUGUCAGAAGAGGGUGUCUUAGAGGAGGCGGAGUUCUAUAACAUCGCUGCUCUGGUCCGAAUGGUGAAGGAGCGGAUCCGAGACAAUGAGAACAGAACAUCACAAGGUCCGGUGAAGCAUGUGUACAGAGUCCUUCAGUGUCAGGAGGAGGAACUCACCCAGAUGGUCUCCACCAUGUCCGACGGAUGGAAGUUUGAGCAGCUCAUCAGUAUCGGGUCGUCUUAUAACUAUGGUAAUGAGGACCAGGCAGAGUUUCUGUGUGUGGUAUCUCGGGAGCUCAACAACUCCAUCAAUGGCGUUGUUGUUGAACCCACAGAGAAAGCCAAGAUUCUCCAGGAGCGAGGGUCACGGAUGUGAGUUCAGUGACAUCCACACCUACCCAUUUUACCCAGAAGACCUUGCUUCUCUCCCCAGUCUGUCCCUCGACCUUCUCCAGACACAACCAGAGGGACCUGCUGUUUAAGAUCUCCAGGGCACAGUUCUCUCUUGUCAUAUCAACUGCUCCUGGAAUGGAAAUCCUUGCUGUUGUAUUGAAGUUACUUUGUCAUCCACAGGAAAUCAACACCCCCCUCCCCCCCUCCAAAAUACAGCAAAAAAUCCACUGUUUGAAAAGAGAGAACAAAACAAAAAAAAUGCUCAGCGAUAGGUAUACUGUAUUUGGUUACACUAUAUAUCAACUCACUCACACAGACACUUAAAUCAUUCAGUAUGAAUUUAGUACAUACUGUAAGAAAUCCUUACACAGAGAUUUAACAAAUCACAAUGACAGUGGCUGCCUGAUUGCAUAUGUCCCACUAGUGACCCCUGUGAUGGACACGUUCACACGAGAAGAUUCUGAUGAAGUGUGGAGUUCCACAUCACACGACUCCCACUGAGAAAGAAUUUGUGUUUGUUACCCAACCCCCCCCCACCCCACCACCCAUUUACACAACAUGCACAAGAACUUUACUCCAGAUCAUGUGUCCUUUACGUCUAACUGUAUCUUCAUGUGGAAGUGGCACACCACAAGGAAGAACAGUCUGCACAAUACUAUCACAAGUGUGUCAUACACAAACCACUUCUUCCCCUGUGUCAUCAUGGAUUCUGUUUCCCAGGAGCAGCAGUAUGGUAUUCUUUGUAACUUCAUCUUGUGUCAUAUUUAAAAAAAAUCUUUUUGGAGUACUAACCAGGAAUUGACUCCCUUGCUGUUAACAUGAACUUGGCCGCAGUAGUUAUAAAGUCAGACAAAGAUGCAGAAGAGGUUGGAAAUGAUUAGUUGAGUCAUGGAACCACAGUCUAGUCCUCCUGGCCUACUCUGUGACUGAUAUCCAGAAGUAAGGGGAAUUUAGUGUUUCAUACAAAGCAAGGGAAAUGCCACUUACUGCUGACUGACUGCACUGAGUACAGCAGAUACACCAGACCACUGCACACACACAAAGAUCAUUGUACAAACAGUACAAUUAUAGGAAAGCCCGUCAAAUGGGCUCCUGUUCUACCCUAUUCUCUGAAGACAGACCAUUUAUUUGUCUUGGCUUGAUUUGGGGGCAGAAUCUGUGAUUUCACCACCCAGAACUCCUGCAUUAUUUGUAGUUGAUCAUAAACCUCUAUUUUGUAUUAUUGGGUGGAGCCAUUUGUCAAACGUGUUGUGCUCCAGACAAAUACUUAAUUUGCUGAAUGCAAAAAACAAAGUGUGUUAAAAAAAGUGUGUGUAGUUAUUUAAUUAGCUUUAGUUCAUGUGUGGCAGACUUUUCUCGCUGCUCAUUGCUUUGCUCGUUGCCAGUUGCCAAUGUUGUCAAUGAAAUGAAGGCGCAAUAUCUCAUAUCUUUGUGAAAGUUAAGAUCUUCAUUUAACUCAAGAACAUAAACAAUUUACUUCUACUAAUUUGAACUACUGCACUAUGAUGAAAUAAAAGUCUGUGAGAGGUGUGGUACUGAA